CCCUUUUCGAUCAUUCUUUGUUUUGUACCUCUGCCAUCAUCCUGAGCAACUCUUCUCUUUCUCCUCCUCACUCUCCACUCGCCUCCAGCGCCUUCAUUCAUCCUGACCCCUUCUUUCAUCUUUCUCCAGAACCCUGAUCUCCACGAUCGCAAAUUCACAUUACAACAACACUUCAGGACAACACAUCACAUACAAUAUGUUGAGAAACGCAAACGGACAUUUUGAUUGGCAGUUCAUUACUCCACCUGUUCAUUCCACGUUCAUGGGAAAGGGCUUCCAGACGAUCGAGCGACAUGUGGACGAGCGACUCGAGAACGAGACCGAGGAAACCUUGAACGCUCGUAUCAAAGCUGACAUCGUCGUCAUGUGCCAGGACCGAGGCCUGCCUGCUGAGGGCGAAAAGAAGCAGUUGAUCAAGUACUUGCUGGACUGGCAAAAAGCAAAGCCAGUACCAGGCCCAUCGACACCUCAGCUAUAUUGUCCUGAGAUACCGGUUGUGUCCAAGAAGGCAGCCAUCAACACUGUGUAUCUGAACUCACUACUGAUGGAUGCCAACUUCCAGGGUGAAAUCACAUAUGAUCAGAUUCAAGUAGGACGGAAGCUAGGAUCUGGAGGAUUCAAGGAUUGCUAUGCCGGAAAAUACAAAGGCGAGGAUGUGGCUAUUGGACAACUCAGGAUCCAGAACUUCACAGAGACGGAUAUCAAAGAGAUGAAGCAUGAGAUCGAUGUGCUCAAGCAACUGAGGCAUGAAAACAUUGUGCGUUUUGUCGGGGUUUGCACCAACGUUCGACACCUCUGCAUUGUUACAGAGCUUUGUGAGCACGGUGACCUGUACGAUUAUAUGCGCAAAGCUCGAAGACCCACCUUUGGCCGAAUGAUCAUGUACAUGCAUGAUAUCGCCUUGGCCUGCUCAUAUCUCCAUACACGCCGACCAAGUAUCAUCCACAGAGACAUGAAAUCCAUGAACAUUCUGAUUUCGUCUGACGACAGAGCCAAGAUCAAUGAUUUUGGUCUCGCCCGAAUCCGUCCUCGUGCCAACGCUUCGAUGCACACCCAAUGCGGAACACCCAACUGGCAAGCACCCGAGUUCUGGACACCUAACCCCCGCUACACCGAAAAGGUCGACGUUUAUGCCUGCGGACUAAUCUUUUGGGAGAUCCUCUCCUGGGCUGACCUCGGAUACCCUUAUCACAACUUGACCGAGCAUCAACUGUAUGAGGCCGUGCGGGACAAGGAUGUGAGGCCGCCCCUGGAUAGGCUCAGAAAGUAUCCUACGUCGCUGUUGUCGCUUAUUCAGGACAUGUGGAGGAAAGAUCCGAGAAGGAGGCCAACAAUGUCGUAUGUCGUUGAUCGCCUUGCAGAGUACUUGCAGUGAGGCGAGGCAUGAGUUGACUCGCUCCUGUUAUAUCUGUUUGCAUACAAUUUGUAUAUACCGCAUAAUAUCCAAUUCAUCGCCAGCACCAUAUGCCAUCCAAUGACAG